CAAAGUUCAAUUCGUUGUCACGGAUCAUACAUAGCAUUGACUAACAUUGGCUUGUUUGUGUGCGACUGUACGUGUGCGAGCGUAAUCUUUUUUAUUUUCUCUUUGCUGUUGUUGUUGUAGCAUUUUGUGUAUGUGUAUGUGUAUGUGUGUGUGUGUGUAUGUGUGUGCUUGCGCGUGUGUGUACAUGAUUUGCAAUGGUAUUCGGCCUGUGUAUGUGGCCGCGGUUGUGUGUGCAAGUGGAAAGCGUUUAUUUGAAUUGAAAUUUUAUGCGUUGCACUCAUGGCGCGAGCGCUAAUUCGACAAGCGAAUUUCUAUGCGAAACUGCAUCGACUGCUGUAUAUUGGAAUGAAAAAUAGGCGGCCAACAUUGAGAUUGUUGUUUGUGUUGUGUGUUAUUGUUGUCCUUAUUUUUCGCACGUUCGUAUAUUCGCGCGCUUCUCAUGCACCAAAUAAAAUAGCGCGCGCGACAAAAACAACAACAACAACAACGACGAUGACGAUAAAAUAUUCUCUACAUAUAUGUGAACGGCUCUUCGUUCAUUUACGACCAUAUUCGAGUUACGCUGUUUAGGAGCGAAAAAAAGUAGCGAAAAAAAACCUCGAACACACCAUACACACACAUUUUUCACCCAUUCUCAUGAUUGUUGUUUUUGUCGAAUGGUUGUUGAUCGUUCGGUUUUGUUGUUGUGGUUAUUAUUACUGCUAUUGGAAUAUAAGUGUGCGUUGUGUAUUGUGUUCAAGCGAGUGCUGUCUCCAUUUGCUGUCGCUGCCAUCGUCGUCGUCGUCAUAGCUCUGUGUUCAAAUUGCUCAUUGUGCAUAGACAUACGAGAAAUCAUGUUUUUAUUUCUUUUUCGAACUAUUUUCCUUCGAUACAUGAACGUUUGGCAGCGGCGUCGGCGGCAACGGGCACAAGAGAGUGAGACCGCGUAAACGAAUUGUUGAUACUGUCGCUAUUUCAUCUCAUUCGUUCGUUCGGCCAUCCAUUCGUUGUCGUUCUCAUUCUGGUGUGUCUUGAUAUGCGCGCCGAUCAAAUCGUGCAAAUCACCGUGUAUUAUACACCAUACACACAUCAUCAUCGCAUCAUAUUCGUUCGAGUGCCGAACGUUGCUGCUCGUAUGAGCGUCGUCAUUUACAAACGACAUGUAAUGCGGGGGUACUGUGUGCGUCUUUUUCUGUUUUCAAUUUGCGUGUAUUUCAUGCGAUUGCCAUGAAAUGAAGAGAAGAAGAAAAAAAAACACACCAAACGAAAAUUCAAACGAAUCGAAGCGAAUGUCAAAAACGAACAGAGGGAAAAGGAAAGAAGAGAUAGAAAGAGACCGAAUGUGUGUAUAUGAGAGUGUGUGAUCGGGAAAAAAAGGCCGAAGAAGAAAUAAUAAUAAAAAAAAAGAAGAAGCAACGAAGAGAAGACGCAAGCAGAACAACAACAGCAACAGCAACAGCAACAGCAACAGCAACAGCAACAGCAACAGCAACAGUAACAACAAAAAAACAAAGCAACAUUGGGAAACAGUAUUGAGAUCGAUCUCUCUCUCUCUCUCUCGUUGUGUAUAAUUGGUGAAGUGGUGCGACAGAAUUGACGUUGAACGAAAAGGAAAGCCCAUUCAAGUGACGGGCAUAAACAAUCACAAGUGAAGCGAUUGCAGCAGAUAAACGCUAGACGAAAAUUAUCUUAGCCAGAGAGAAUAGUGAAUUACGAAAGAGAGAAGAAGAAAAAAAAAACAACAACAACACAUAAUAACAACAGCUACGAAACACAUAACAAUAGAAGCAGCAACAACCAGCUAACAACAAAAAAGUAAAGAUAUAUAAACAAAAAAAAAGAACAGCGCACGCGACCCAAAACGACAAAUUUGAGCAUUGUGGUGUAAAAAGUAAAGGAGUACACCAUCAUUGUAGCAAAAUAAUAAUAAUAACAACAACACAAAAAUGAAUACGACAUGUAGAGCAUGUUUAAACUAUACGGACAACGGUGUCCGACUAUUAACAUUGUACAAACACUACCAUUAUUUGCCGAUAAUGAUAUGGAAUUGCACAGGCAUUAAGGUUGAUGAUUCGGAAACCGAUCACAAGCUGCCGUUGUGCCCACCGUGUGCCGAUAAAUUGAUUGACAUCAACGAAUUUCGUACUAUGUACUUGGAAUCUCAUGAAAAGUUGAAGAAAAACCUAAAAGAGUGCCUAAAAUACUCCCCGAACGAUCAAAAACAACCGCUCAACAACAACAAUUCCACGCAUGACGGCGAUAUGGAUGCAAAAAACAGUGGUGCCACAACAGCGACCAAUGUCAAAGGCGCCAAAAUAAAAAUCAGCGCUGACGAUGCCUACAACAACAUUAUCAUCGAUGAAUCACAAUUACUGCAUCGAGAUCAAUCAAACAACAAGGAGAAUAAUAUUGUUGACAUUGCCAUGAGCAUGGCGGGAGGUAGUACGGUUGUUGGUUCAACAGUGACCACUGUCAAUUCGGUCAUGCAAAAUGUAUCGAAUGGGCCGGCGAAAAAGAUGAAAACAAGUCGACCGAGCAAAUCACGCAAGAAACCAAAUCAAACAAUGGUUCAGAUGGCCGCCACCAAUCAUCAUCAUGACAACAAGCAACAACUGAUGUACGAUGACACCAACAUCCUGGACAUGAACAAUGGCAACGGCACCGAUGCAAGUGAACUGCAAUACAUCAUCUUACAAAGUGACACCAAAAUAUUCAGCUGUAGCAAUUGCGAGCAACAAUUCAUCAGUGAAGAUUUUCUCAAGCAACACAUUCAAAAAGCACAUCCAAUUGUCACUGAAUUGGUACAAACGCCGGCCUUAUCACCGAUGUCCAUGAAUCAGCAGGUUCCAACGAUCUACUUGUGUCAUUUCUGCGAAUCGAAACAGUUCACGUCCGAGAUUCAGUUGAGUCAUCAUAUGUACAUUCAUGGUGAAAUAUCGGCGGGCACAUUAUCUGACAAUCCGUUCCCAUUCUGUUCGUGUGAACAUUGUUUGCCAUUGCAAACGGAUAAAAUGAUCGUUGGCGAAGUGGAGCCAACCGAAGCCGAUUUGGUUGCAAUGCAACAAACCAUUCACACCAUUGAAGAGCCACAACAGCCGCAGCAACAGCACCACCACCAACAACAGCAACAACAACACCAUCAACAACAACAACAACAGCAGCAGCAGCAACAGCAACAGCAGCAGCAGCAACAGCAACAACAACAACAACAACACACGGCGCCCAUUCGCCAAAUCGUUCAAACGGCAUCAGGUAAACAACAAACCCUGUACUCGUGCAGUGUUUGCAAUAAGUCAACAUUCAAGACAGAGCAUCGCCUAAAGAAGCACAUGCGAAUCCAUCGAAAUGAGCAACCGUUCUCGUGCGACAUUUGUCAUAAAGUGUAUAAUGCCAGUAGUUCGUUAAAGACGCAUCAGCGUAUGGUACACGGUGGUGUAAGUAGUACGAGUAACGCAAAUAAUACGAUCACAAACCAAAUCAACGACAAUAUGGUGGAAAAAACGGUGAUCGAUGAUCCAAAUGCUGCCGUUGCCGAUGGGCCCGUUCAGUGUUCAAUAUGCCUAAAACAAUUUGCAAAGGCUCAACAAUUAAAUGUGCACAUGAGCACGGCACACGCAAUGACUACGACGUCAAAUGAAAACGAUGAAGAAGAUCCAUCAAGCACAGACAAAAUCACUGAUAUAGCUAUGGAAUAAUCAUUGGAUUCUCGUCUCUAAUUAAUUUUAUUGCGUUUUUUUUUUUAUUUUAUUUACUUUUCUUGGACUUCGUUUUUGUUAUUUAAUUUUUUAAACAGCAAAUCGAAGGAAAAGGAAUCACUUUCAUUUUAGACUUAGAACCUACUUAAAAAGAAAUCAAUUUUUGAAACAACAACAAUAAUAAAAAAAAAGAGAAUCAAGUUAAACGAUAAAAAAAAAGAAACAACAAUUCAUACAAGUGGGUAAAAUAAAAAUCAUGUAGGCAAUCAGAGCAUAGCAAAAGAGAAAUAAAAAAAAGUAAUAAGAAGAAACGAUAAAGAAAAUGAUAUACAAAGAACAAAACGCAUAUGGAAAAGUUAAAUUUAAAUACAAUAAAUUAUCUGGAAAAAAAAGAAGAAAAAUAAUCAAAAAAAUACAACAACAACAACAACAACAAACAAUCGACUAGAAAUGUCGACAAUACACACACAUACAAAACAUUGCUUGCCCGGUUCGGCACGUCUAUUUUCGACAGUUCUUAUUUGAAUUUAAUUAUUUUUUUUUUCUUUUCAUAUUUAGUACAUAAAUACGUUUUAAUUUCAUAUACUUUUCUCUCUCUCUCUCUUUCACACACACAAACACUCUUUCUCCUAAUUUUCUUUUCCUCCUUUUCCCCUUUUUAAAUUCAUUAUCCUGUAAAGAUCAGUUCAUUGAAUAUAUAUAAACAAAUGAAAACAAAACAAAAAAAAAUUUACUUUUAGAAAAUACGAAAAAAAAAAGAUUAAGAAUAUUUUUGAAACAAAAAUGAUAUGUAUUUAAAGAAACAAAAAAUUGAGAAGAAAAAUAGAUGGUAUUUUAUUACAAACGAUGAUGAUGAUGAUGAUGAUGAUAAAUAAGAAAAAGAAAA